GGCGUGGGAGUAGCAGCCUGCAGGACCCCAGAGGCCAGAGGCUUCUCUGCUGCCAGUCACUUCCAGACUCCUGCUCUCCAGCUGCUAAGCUAUCCUGCGCUCUGGGUGAACACUCUUCAAAUCCACCCCAGGCUGGGUAGAAGUUUCCCUGAGCUCUGCACCUCAGCAUCUGGCCUAUGAGAUGAAAAGUGAUAAAAAUCGCAGUGACCUACGCAGUUGGGUGAGAAGAGAUAAAAGAGCAGGAUUAUUUCCACACUGCGCCUGCGCAAGCUUACACGCUGGGGAUUUUUCAGCCUACAACCUGAAAAUGCGGCUGAUCUUGUUCCUGACAAUGAUUUGUUUCCACGUGUGUAUGAACCAAGAUUCUGGCCCAGAGUAUGCAGAUGUGGUAUUUCUGGUGGACAGUUCAGAUCACCUAGGGAUUAAGUCCUUUCCUCUUGUGAAAACUUUCAUCCACAAGAUGAUCAGCAGCCUCCCCAUAGAGGCCAACAAGUACCGUGUGGCCCUGGCCCAGUACAGCGAUGCUCUCCACAGUGAGUUCCAGCUGGACACCUUCAAGAACAGGAACCCCAUGCUGAACCACCUGAAGAAGAACUUCGGGUUCAUCGGUGGCUCCCUGAAGAUAGGGAAUGCCCUGCAGGAGGCUCACAGGACCUAUUUCUCUGCUCCCUCAAACGGAAGAGACAAGAAACAGUUCCCCCCAAUCCUGGUGGUGCUAGCCUCGGCGGAGUCUGAGGAUGAUGUGGAAGAGGCUUCGAAGGCCCUUCGGGACGAUGGGGUGAAAAUCAUCUCUGUGGGGGUGCAGAAGGCUUCUGAGGAAAACCUGAAGGCCAUGGCCACCUCUCAGUUCCAUUUCAACCUCAGGACUGCCAGAGACCUCAGCAUGUUUGCCCCGAAUAUGACACAGAUCAUCAAGGAUGUCACUCAGUACAGGGAUGGAAUGGCUGAUGACAUUAUUGUAGAAGCUUGCCAAGGCCCUUCUGUGGCUGAUGUGGUAUUCCUGUUGGAUAUGGCCAUCAAUGGGAGCCAAGAGGACCUAGAUCAUCUUAAAGCAUUCCUGGGUGAAAGUGUCUCUGCCCUUGACAUAAAGGAAAAUUGCAUGAGAGUUGGUCUGGUGACCUAUAGCAACGAGACAAGGGUGAUCAGUUCUCUGAACAUGGGUAUCAACAAGACGGAGGUCUUGCAGCACAUACAGGAUCUGUCCCCUCAUGUAGGGCAGGCCUACACAGGAGCUGCCCUCAGAAAGACUAGGAAGGAAGUCUUCAGUGCACAGAAGGGCAGUCGGAAGAACCAAGGGGUACCUCAGAUUGCUGUGCUGGUGACCCACAGAGCUUCAGAAGACAAUGUGACCAAGGCAGCUGCCAACCUCCGGCGGGAGGGAGUGACCAUCUUUACCAUGGGCAUAGAGGGGGCUAACCCAGACCAGCUGGAGAAGAUCGCCUCCCACCCUGCCGAGCAGUUCACCUCCAAACUGAGCAACUUCUCUGAGCUGGCCACCCGCAACCAGACAUUCCUAAAGAAGCUGCGGAACCAAAUCACACACACCGUGUCCGUCUUCUCAGAACGGACUGAGACCCUCAAAUCUGCUUGCGUGGACACAGAGGAAGCCGAUAUCUAUCUGCUCAUCGAUGGUUCUGGGAACAUCCAGCCCACAGACUUCCAUGAAAUGAAGACCUUCCUGUCCGAGGUGGUGGGCAUGUUCAACAUUGCUCCCCACAAGGUGCGAGUAGGGGCCGUGCAGUAUGCCGACACCUGGGACCUGGAAUUUGAGAUUACUAAGUAUACUAACAAGCCCGACUUGGGAAAGGCCAUCGAGAACAUCAGGCAGAUGGGCGGGAAUACCAACACGGGCGCAGCCCUGAACUUCACAUUGGAGCUGCUGCAAAGAACAAAGAAGGACCGCAAAGUGCCGCGUCACCUGGUGGUUCUGACAAAUGGUGUGUCCCGGGACAGCGUCCUGGAGCCCGCACAGAAGCUGAGAGAGGCAAACAUCCGAGUGCAUGCGAUCGGUGUCAAGGAAGCCAACCAAACCCAGCUGCGGGAGAUCUCGGGCGAGGAAAAGCGAGUUUACUACGUCCAUGAAUUCGAUGCCUUGAGGAACAUAAGGAACCAAGUGGUCCAGGAGAUUUGUGCUGAAGAAGCCUGCAGAGACAUGAAAGCCGACAUCAUGUUUCUGGUGGACAGUUCCUGGAGCAUUGGACCUGAAAACUUCAGCAAGAUGAAGACGUUUAUGAAGAACCUGGUGAGCAAAUCCCAGAUUGGGCCUGACCGGGUGCAAAUUGGCGUGGUCCAGUUCAGCCAUGAAAACAAGGAGGAGUUUCAGCUCGACACAUUCAGGUCUCAAAGUGACAUUGCCAACGCCAUUGACCAAAUGACUCACAUUGGAGAAACAACCUUGACGGGCAGUGCCCUGACCUUCGUGUCCCAGUACUUCAGUCCUGACAAGGGGGCCAGGCCCAACGUCAGGAAGUUCCUCAUUCUUAUUACGGAUGGAGAGGCUCAGGACAUAGUAAGGGACCCAGCAAUAGCCCUUCGAAAAGAAGGUGUGAUUAUCUAUUCUGUGGGAGUAUUUGGCUCCAAUGUCACCCAGCUCGAGGAGAUCAGUGGGAAGCGAGAGAUGGUUUUCUAUGUUGAGAAUUUUGACAUUCUGCAGCAUAUUGAAGAUGAUCUUGUUCUGGGAAUCUGUAGUCCCCGUGAAGAAUGCAAGCGGAUUGAAGUUUUGGAUGUGGUGUUUGUCAUCGAUAGCUCUGGCAGCAUUGACGCUCAAGAAUAUAAUAUCAUGAAGGACUUCAUGAUUGGCUUGGUGAAAAAAGCUGAUGUGGGCAAGAAUCAGGUCCAGUUUGGAGCUCUGAAGUAUGCGGAUGACCCAGAGGUGCUGUUUUACCUGAAUAAACUAGGUACAAAGGCGGAGGUGAUUUCGGCGAUCCUCAAUGACCAUCCCAUGGGUGGAAAUACUUACACUGCGGAGGCCCUGGCCUACUCUGAUCACAUGUUCACCAAAGCCCUGGGCAGCCGUCUGCACGAGGGAGUCCCCCAAGUCCUCAUUGUGAUUACUGAUGGAGAAUCUCACGAUGCGGAGAAGCUCAACGCCACCGCCAAGGCCCUGAGGGACAAAGGCAUUCUCGUCCUGGCUGUGGGGAUCGCUGGUGCCAACAGCUGGGAACUCUUGGCCAUGGCAGGGUCGAGUGACAAGUACUACUUUGUAGAGACCUUUGGAGGCCUGAAGGGGAUAUUUUCCGAUGUGUCAGCCAGUGUCUGUAACUCUUCAAAAGUCGAUUGUGAAAUUGAGAAGGUUGACCUUGUUUUCCUCAUGGACGGUUCAAACAGCAUCCAUCCAGAUGACUUCCAGAAGAUGAAGGAGUUUUUGGCCUCGAUCGUUCAAGACUUCGAUGUCAGCCUCAACAGAGUCCGCGUGGGAGCGGCACAGUUCAGUGACAGCUACAGGUCAGAGUUCCUGCUGGGGACAUUGACCGGGGAGAAGGAGGUAUCCACGCAGAUCGAGGGCAUCCAGCAGAUCUUUGGAUACACCCACAUCGGAGAUGCACUCAGGAAGGUGAAGCAUUACUUUAGGCCAGACGUGGGCAGCAGGAUCAACGCAGGUACCCCUCAGGUGCUGCUGGUCCUCACGGAUGGCCGGUCUCAAGAUGAGGUGGCUCAGGCUGCUGAAGAGCUGAGACACAUAGGUGUGGACAUCUACUCCGUGGGCAUCGGGGAUGUGGAUGACCAGCAGCUGGUCCAGAUCACGGGGACAGCGGAGAAAAAAUUGACGGUGGAUAACUUUGACGAGCUAAAAAAGGUGAAGAAAAGGAUCGUUCGGAACAUCUGUACCUCAGGUGGUGAGAGUAAUUGUUUUGUGGAUGUUGUGGUUGGAUUUGAUAUCUCAAGCCAGCAGAGAGGGCAGACUUUGCUCGAAGGUCAGCCUUGGAUGGGAACCUACCUCCAAGACCUCUUGCGUGCCAUCAGCUCGCUCAAUGGGGUAAGCUGUGAGGUGGGCACAGAGACUCAGGUGAGCAUAGCGUUUCAAGUGACAAAUGCUAUGGAAAGAUACCCCUCCAAGUUUGAGAUCUACAGUGAGAACAUCCUGAGCAGCCUGCAGGGUGUGACAGUGAACGGCCCAUCUCGCCUCAACACAGACCUGCUGAGUUCUCUGUGGGAUACGUUUCAGAAUAAGUCUGCUGCUCGAGGGAAGGUGGUCCUUCUAUUUUCAGAUGGGUUGGAUGAUGGCGUUGAGAAACUUGAACAGAAGUCUGAUGAACUCAGAAAGGAAGGCCUGAAUGCCCUCAUAACCAUCGCUGUGGAUGGAGCUGCUGAUUCCAGUGACCUGGCUGACCUUCUCUACAUUGAAUUUGGGAAAGGAUUUGAAUAUAGAACACAGUUCACAAUUGGAACGUGGAACCUGGGCAGUCAGCUGUCAAAGCAACUAAUCAAUGUUGCAGAAAGGACCUGCUGCUGUUUGCUCUGCAAGUGCACAGGAGGGGACGGCGCCAUGGGGGAUCCGGGCUCAGCAGGAAAAAAGGGACCCCCAGGAUUCAAAGGCAGUGAAGGCUACCUGGGAGAAGAGGGCAUCGCUGGAGAAAGAGGAGCCCCAGGGCCAAUGGGAGAGCAAGGCACGAAGGGAUGCAUUGGUGCCAAAGGGCUCAAGGGAACCAGAGGACUCAGUGGAGAAGAGGGUGAAGUCGGGGAAGAUGGGCUGGAUGGAUUAGAUGGAGAACAGGGUGACAGUGGGGUUCCUGGAAGAAGAGGAGAAAGGGGUGAUGAGGGAUCUCAGGGAAGCCCAGGCAGGAGAGGGGCUUCUGGUGACCGUGGAGCAAAGGGACUGCGAGGAGAUCCGGGAACUCCUGGACUUGACAAUAGCAUACAAGGACCCAAGGGCUUGAAAGGAGACCUUGGAAGACAAGGCAGAAGAGGCGGGCCAGGCUCUCCUGGAACACCAGGCUCGAGAAGAAAGAUGGUAGUUCAUGGCCGAAGAGGACUCACAGGCCCACAGGGAAAUCCAGGUGUCCCAGGCCCAGAUGGACUCGAAGGUUCGCUUGGACUUAAGGGCCCACAGGGUCCAAGAGGAGAGGUCGGUGAGAAAGGAGAAAAAGGAGGCCUGGGAAUGAAGGGUCCCCAGGGGCCCCCGGGACCCGGAGGACGAGCUGGGGACCAAGGCCAUUUGGGAAGCCAAGGAAAAAAAGGAGAACCUGGAGACUUGGGCGGAAAGGGAGCUGCUGGCUUUCCUGGUCCUCGGGGCCUGCAGGGUGGUGACGGCAGCCCGGGAUAUGGUAGAAUUGGCCGCAAAGGGACAAAGGGGCAAGAAGGAUUCCCCGGAGAGAGUGGACCAAAGGGUGAUAUCGGGGACCCUGGUGAUCCAGGAGAGGCUGGUUCCAAGGGAGCCAGAGGCAAAACGGUAUCUGCUGGGAUUCCAGGAGAGCCAGGAUCCCCCGGGGAGCCAGGACCCCCUGGACGGAAGGGCAUGAAAGGGGCCCGAGGACUGGCUUCAUUUUCCACAUGCGACCUCAUUCAGUAUGUGCGGGACCACAGGCCUGGCAGACAUGGAAAACCUGAGUGCCCAGUGCAUCCAACUGAGUUGGUGUUUGUCCUGGACCAGUCCCGGGACGUCACAGAGCAUGACUUUGAGCGGAUGAAAGGGAUGAUGGUCUCCCUAGUUAGGGAUGUCAAGGUUAGGGAGACCAGCUGCCCUGUGGGUGCCCGCAUUGCUAUCCUAGCCUACAGCUCCCACACCAGUCACCUCGUCCGAUUCUCAGAUGCCUACAGGAAGGACCAGCUGCUCAGGGAAAUUAAAGCUCUCCCUUAUGAGAGAUCCUCUGACAGCAGGGAGAUUGGCAAAGCCAUGAGGUUCAUCUCCAGGAAUGUUUUCAAGAGAACCCUUCCAGGGGCUCACGUGAGAAGAAUCGCCACGUUUUUUAGCGGUGGUCAGUCGGCCGAUGCCCAGACCAUUACCACAGCUGCCAUGGAGUUCAGCGCCCUGGACAUUGUGCCAGUGGUGAUUGCGUUCAGCAGCGUGCCCUCGGUCAAGCGUGCCUUCUCGAUUGAUGACACUGGCACAUUCCAAGUCAUUGUGGUUCCCUCCGGGUCUGACGAAGGGCCAGCGUUAGAGAGACUCCAGCGGUGCACUUUCUGCUAUGAUCUAUGCAAGCCGGAUGCUUCUUGUGACCAAGCCAAACCACCCCCCAUUCAGUCCUACCUGGAUGCUGCGUUCCUACUGGAUGGUUCUCGGCACGUGGGAAGUGCAGAAUUUGAAGACAUGAGAGACUUCCUGGAGGCCCUGCUAGAUCACUUCGAAAUCUCUUCGGAGCCAGAGACAUCUGUCACUGGAGACAGGGUGGCCCUACUGAGCCACGCUCCUCUCGGCUUCCUACCCAACACCCAGAGGAGUCCAGUCAGAACUGAGUUCAACCUAACCACCUAUAGCAGUAAGCGCCUCAUGAAGAGACAUGUGGAACAAGCAGUCCAGCAGCUGAAUGGAGAGGCUUUUCUGGGCCAUGCCCUCAGGUGGGCCCUGGACAAUGUCUUUUUAAACACACCCAAUCUGAGAAGAAACAAAGUCAUAUUUGUGAUAUCUGCUGGGGAAACCAGCCACCUGGAUGCGGAAACCUUAAAGAAAGAGUCCUUACGAGCCAAGUGUCACGGGUAUGCCCUCUUCGUGUUCUCCUUGGGCCCUGACUGGGAUGACAAAGAACUGGAAGACCUGGCCAGCCACCCGGUAGACCAGCACUUGAUCCAGCUUGGCCGCAUUCAUAAACCUGACCACAGAUAUGGUGUGAAGUUUGUGAAGUCCUUUAUAAACUCCAUCAGGCAUGGGAUAAACCAGUAUCCACCAGUCAACUUCAAAGGCAGGUGCAACAGACUCAGCUCUAGGGAUCCGAAGCUGCCCCCACGCCAAUUCCGAAGCUUUGUUCCGGGACCACAGAAAGCUCUCCUCAAAGACCACGCACCAGAGGCAGCAAAGCUCUUUCAAGAUAAAAAACGCCUUUCCAGUAUGCUGAGAGGUGGCGGGGCUGCUAUUUCAAGUCUUUCCAGAAGCACACGCUAUACCUUUAAACGGGGGAAAGACGCGAUGAAAGCUACUUCCAAGCUCGGUAAACGGAGUGAUUGAACACGUCAGCCAUGGGCAGACUCUUGACUUAGCGCCAGACCCACCAGGUCCAAGGACAGCUCUGGAAGGCAGAACAAGCCAGUGGCUGUAGGCGGUGACGCACCUCAACCGCUACACUCCUGGGAUUAAAAUCUAUCUUGUAUGUUUACUAAACAAUUCCAGCAUCACUAUGAGGAGAUGGAAGGACAUACACAUCUUGAAGUUGAUUUUUUUUUUAACAGUGUAGGCAUGCAGACACGGGCCGAUGUAAACUCUGAAUUGCAACCCUUUGCUCUGUCUUCCACAUGCAAAGCCGUCCUUUUAACGUGCUGUGGCUUAUGUCCUUUUAACGUGCUGUAGUUUACGGCUCAUCUGUUUAAUAAGAGGCCUUCGAUGUCAUGCAAUUAGCCAACACUGACCUAGAAAUGGGUGCUGGUUUUAUGACAUGGUUUUGGCCAUCUGACCUUCAGGACAUCCAUCUCAGCACAGCAUUGUCUGGGUAGACCGGGAUGGCUUGGACAGAAGGCUGCCUCUGGCCUUCUAAAGUGGUUUGCCUGGUCCGGUAAGAAGCAGAGAGUAACCUUUUCCAGCUCUGUCUUCCUAAAUUCACUGGGAAACGCAACCAAUUCUCCAGGAACCUGAGUCAGGCUCAUGGACUGGGUUUUCUAUGUAGAGCCUCCUGUCAAGGCGUUUCAGUGGAUUUCUGGUCUUUUUUCCCUUGCUUUGGUCAUUUAUUAUUUUUUACUAAUCCAUAUGUUCCUUAGGCAAGAAGAGUAGCAACGCAAACUGUCAUGAGUUAGACUGAGUCCCUUUACCCCACCGGGCGGGCGGCAAGCAUUGGGCUACAGUGAACAUGGCAUGAAGCAGGACUGGCAGAGCUCGGAAUGAAACGGACAUGAGCUUUGGGAUGUAAGAAAAACCCCAAAACCUGGGUUCAAUCUCAGAGCCCAGCCCCUCAAGUGUUCUAUGGUGGCUUUGUCUCCCUGUUUAUUUUUUUCUUCUUAGGGUAGGGGUGUUUUCAACAGCUAAAUAUCAAAGUGGCACUGCGCAGAGGCCUACCACCCAGAUCUUACCUCAGUUUACAGCUUGAUCCCCACUUACCAAAGGCACAGUCAGGCAGGCCACUGUCUUCAGAAAGAAAAGGGAGCUGUGUAUGGGAAGUAGGUCCCUGGCACUGCAGGCCCAGAGAACACAUUCAGAUCUUCUAUUCCAUCCCCCUGUUCAGGAAAUCUGCAUGGAUAAGCCAUGUGCAGGAAUUUUUUUAACCCUUUGUGCUGCCAUUCCUGGGGCAACUGCAUGGAGACAGCCUCCGGUGCCUUCUGGAAGCAGGAACGCCAGGAGCAACUGUCCGUUUGUACUCAGGUGCACAUCAGCUUCAUGUAUCCUAAAGGUGCUCCGAGGCUCAGGAACAGUAUGUGUUUCUGUACAGGAAACUGCCGGGCAAUAUUUAAGAGGUAUUUGUAACAGCAGAGACUUUUCUAAUUAACUCUGGUUGAGCAGAUACUUUUCUACUUAUUGUUGGAGAUACUUUGAAAAUGUUUUUUUUUUCCUGUGUCAUAAAAAUUGCUUG